AUGCGUACAUUUUACCUCCCAUGAUGCAUUUGGCUGUCUGGGUGAAGGAAACAUUGAUCGUAGCUAGUGAAAUGGGAAAACAUUGGCACCUAUAGAAAAUAAGUAUUUGGGUUUUUCUCGGUCCACUAAGAGGUUACUUUUGCAUUUAAAACACUCAAGCGUGCUUUUCCCCCUGCAGUGUUUUGAAAGUUGGGAAGAAGGGCCCACUGUUGAACCAUUAGACAAUGGGAGCAGAUAAAAGGGUCAGUCGCACUGAGCGCACUGGGAGGUAUGGGCCAGACCAGAGUCGGGAGGACUCCAAGUGGCGUGAGCGUCGGGACAGGGACCCAGAGCGCGAGUAUGAGCGUCGCUGGAGCGAUGAGAGGCGUGGCGACCGCUACGAUGAGCACCGGAGCCGCGACAGCCCUGAGAGAGUGGACCGGAAACGACACAACAGCGAUAGGUCUGAUGAAUACCACUCAGAUGGAGAGUACCAGGAGCAGGACUUCAGGGGAGAGCUGGGAGAGGAGAAGGAGAGCAAGACCAUCAUGCUGAGGGGCCUGUCGGUCCAUAUCACUGAGGAUGAUAUCCAGGCAGCCCUGGACCAGCUGCAGGGACCCCAGCCCGCUGACGUUCGGCUGAUGAAGAACAGGACAGGUAUAAGCCGAGGGUUCGCCUUCGUGGAGUUUUAUCACUUGCAAGAUGCUACCCGAUGGAUGGAGACCAAUCAGAAACUGCUGGUGAUCCAGGGGAAGAGCGUGGGCGUGCACUACAGCAAUCCGCGCCACAAGUUUGAAGACUGGCUGUGCAACACUUGCGGCCUGUACAAUUUCCGGAGGAGGCUGAAGUGCUUCAGGUGUGGAGCAGCCAAAGUCGAAGGCGAGCCCAGCAGCUCCAGUGGAGUGACUCCAGAGCCGCAGCAGAGUGGGGAGGACUAUGGCGAUACCAUCAUCCUGAGGAACAUCGCGCCGUACACCACCGUGGAGGCCAUUAUGGCUGCACUGGCACCGUACGCCAACCUGGCAGCGCGCAACAUCCGCCUCAUCAAGCACAAACAGACCGGGCAGAACAGGGGCUUCGCCUUCGUGCAGCUUCCGUCCCCGCUGGAGGCCUCCCAGCUUCUCACUAUCCUCCAAGGGCUGCAGCCACCACUGAAGCUGGACGGAAAGACCAUCGGCGUGGACUACGCCAAGAGCGGCAGGAAGGACGUGCUCCUGCCGGACGGGAGUCGCAUCAGUGCCUUCUCAGUGGCCAGCACCGCCAUCGCUGCUGCCCAGUGGUCCUCCAGCCAGCCUCAGCAGGGUGUGGGCGGGGCUUCAGAGUUUGCCUACCUGCAGGAGGGCUAUACGCAGUAUGCACAGGAGUACCAGUCCUACUAUCAGCAGCCAGGCGCAGUGGACCCGGCUCUGGGAGCUGGCAUACUGGGAGCUGCUCCUGGGAUGAAGACGCUCCCGGUCGCCACGGCAGUUGUUGUGUCUCAGAGCGCUCAGGUCUACCAGCCGCACAUAAUCGGCCAGCCUGCCACACUGUCACAACCAGCCGCCCCAGCUGCUGAAGUGGUAGAACCGCAAGCCACAGCCACAACCGCAACUGUGACCGCAGCUGUAACCGCCGCAGACGCCACCACAACGCCCGCUUCUGAGAGCACCACACACGCUGCUCCUGACACUUCCACCUACCAGUACGACGAGUCGUCCGGGUAUUACUAUGACUCACAGUCAGGGCUCUACUAUGAUCCAAACUCUCAGUACUUCUACAACUCACAGACUCAGCAGUACCUGUACUGGGAUGGGGAGAAGCAGGCGUACGUGCCCGCUACCAACGCCAACCCGGCCCAGACGUCCAGCAGCCCCGCUGCCACGGGCCCCAAGGAGCCCAAGGAGAAGAAGGAGAAGCCCAAGAGCAAGACCGCCCAGCAGAUCGCCAAAGACAUGGAGCGCUGGGCGAAGAGCCUGAACAAGCAGAAGGAGAGCUUCAAGACCAGCUUCCAGACCCUGAGCCAGUUCAGAGACGAGGAGAGGAGGGAGUCGGCCGCCGCGGACGCAGGGUUCACGCUCUUCGAAAAAAAGCAGGGCGGUGGGCUGGAGAAGCAGCAGCUGAUGACGGAGCUCGUGAGGAGCAGGGAGGAGGAGACCUUGGUGAAGGAUCAGGGCGGGCUGGUGGCGGCGUACAGCGGGGACAGUGACCCAGAGGAGGCGGAGUCAGAGAAGAGCGAGGAGGGCGGGGACAAGCUGACGGACUGGAAGAAGAUGGCCUGCCUCCUGUGCAGACGGCAGUUCCCCAACAAGGAGGCUCUGCUGCGCCACCAGCAGCUCUCCGAGCUGCACAAGCAAAACUUGGAAGUCCAAAGAAGAUCCAAAAUGUCAGAAUCGGAGCUGGAGGAAUUGGAAAGAAAGGAGACUGAGAUGAAGUACAGAGACCGGGCAGCUGAGAGAAGGGAGAAAUACGGCAUUCCGGAACCUCCCGUGCCGAAGAAAAAGAAAUUCGUUGAGCCGCCCAAACCUGUCAAUUAUGAGCAACCCACCAAGGAUGGGCUGAACAGCGACAACAUCGGGAACAAGAUGCUGCAGGCCAUGGGCUGGCAGGAGGGCAAGGGCCUGGGCCGCAACCAGCAGGGCAUCACAGCCCCCAUCGAGGCCUCGCUAAGGACGAAGGGGGCGGGCCUGGGAACCAAAGGCAGCUCUUACGAGCUGUCGGCCACCGACACCUAUAAGGACAUUGUGCGCAAGGCCUUGUUUGCACGCUUCACCGAGCUCGAGUGAACAGCGCGCCUGUCUCAAACCCUUCCAUCCCCCCACCCCGCCCCGUCUGUCCACCCCCCCACCCAGGACCUUGCUCAUGAGAUACAGAGACUGCCCCGCUCGCACCCAGCGCCUGAGCGCCUCUGGACCAGGCCACCUCAGUACAAGCAGAGCCUUCUGGUUGCCGACAGUGAUUGUCCACUCAUCCGUUAAUCGCAUCCUAUCUCUAGUCCCGCCCACAGAAAUGUGACCUGAGCCAAGUUUCAGAAGGUCAGAUGCAGAGGGAGGUGCACAGCAUUUGAGCAAAGUGGCUCAGAAAGUGGCAAAACUGUACACUGUUAUAAUUAUUAUUUAUUUCUGAAUUAUAUAUUUGCAGAGUGCAAACUGAAAACAUGGAAAUAAUCUCAGAACCUUGCGUGCCCAUCUGUGGCUUUGUAAUAUCAGAGUAACUAAUAGGUGAAAUACACAGGCUGUUGUACUUGUUACAGGUUUAACUAAAACAAUAUUUUAUCUAAGUUAAUGUUUGUAUAUAUUUUCCAUGUUUAAAAGUAUUUCUCAAAUUCAGUCAGUAGCUAUUUCUGUUCACUUGUACAGUUUGUAUGAAUCAAUCGUUUCAUUUUGUACAGAUCAAAUAAAUGACAAUAUUUGAUCCCUCUUGGCUGUCUGAAAGAAAUAAAUGCUUGCCGUUGAACAUAAA